AUGAAAGCUGCACUAGACUACUUCUACAAUGAUCACAGUUACAUGUUCACCCUGGAACAUGCCUGGAGGGAGCUGAGGCAUGACAAGAAAUGGUCCUCUACCUAUCUGGCUAAUCACAGUGGGAAAGAAAAGCGCAAACAAGUGCAGGAGGUAUACACAGAAGAUGAAGUGGGAGAACCAGAGGCUAGACCCGUGGGGGUCAAGGCUGCUAAAGCUGCUACUAAGAGGAAGAAGAGUGGUAAAGAAGAGGAGUUGUCACAGAUACAUGCCAUCAUGGAAAUGAAAGAAAAACUCUCUAAACAGAAAAUGCUCGACCGUUUACUUGCCAAAAAAGAUCCACUCACUAAGAUGGAAACAUCUCUUAAACUCAAACUUAUGUCUGAGAUGUUAUGA